AUUUGGAUAUCAGAUCAAAUGGCUGAGAAAGCUGCUCUUCUUGAAAGUUUCCUGUGCUGCCAUGUGUGUUCAGAGACUUUCAGAGAUCCCGUGUCUCUGAGCUGCAGCCACAGCUUCUGUUCAAGCUGUCUGCAGAAAUUUUGGGAACAAGCUAAAAACAAAAACUGUCCCAUUUGUAAAAGAAAAUCUUCAAAAGAUUAUCCAUCCAUCAACCUUUCUCUCAAAGACCUCGCUGACUCCUUUGCCAAGAACCACAUUAAUGAUUCACCUAAAGUGGAGGAAGAAAAGGAAAAAGAGGAGGUGGUGUGUGAUGAACAUCCAGAAGUCCCUUAUUGGUUCUGUGAGGAUGAACAGAGAGCUGUGUGUCCUGUUUGUGAGUUUUCUCUCCACCAGAGUCACAAAGUGGUUCCUGUAGAAGAAGCAGUCAGUGACCUGAAGGACCAGCUGAAAUCUGACUUAAAGUCUCUACAGGACAAGAGGGAUAAAUAUGAAGAAGUGGAGAAAACAUACAAUGAAAUGAUUCAACACUCCAAGAAGCAGCUGUUGUCCACAGAGACGCAGAUCAGAGCAGAGUUCAACAAGCUCCACCAGUUCCUGAAAGAGGAAGAGGAGUCCAGACUGGCAGCUCUGAGGGAGGAAGAGGAGCAGAAGGGGAAGACUAUGAGCAGAGAGAUGAAGAGGAUUCAGCAGCAGAUCUCCUCUCUGUCAGACAGUAUCUCUGCUGUUGAAGAAGACCUGCAGAAACACAAAGUGUCAUUCCUCAGCAGUUAUAAACCCACUCAGACCAGAGCCAGAGCCCAGAGCUCACUGUCAGAUCCCCAGCUGGUCUCAGGAGCGCUGAUAGAUGAGGCCAAACACCUGGGCAACCUGUCCUUCAGAGUCUGGGAGAAGAUGAAGGAGAAGGUCCACUUCAGUCCUGUCAUUCUGGACCCAAACACUGCAGACCCCUGUCUCCAUCUGUCUGAUGAUCUGACCAGUGUGAGAUAUGGAGACACAAAGCAGCAGCUCCCUGAUAAUCCAGAGAGAAACACUAAGUAUACACAUGUUCUGGGCUCUGAGGGCUUCAGUUCAGGGAAACACAGCUGGAAGGUGGAGGUGGAAGACCACCCUGGCUGGAAUGUGGGUUUGGCUAAAGAGUCAGUUGACAGGAAGGGAAAGAUAUUUGCUUCAACAGAAUAUGGAAUCUGGUGUUUACUGUAUCGGAGUGGAAAAUACACUAAUGGUGUUGGUCAGACUGUCAAAGUGAAGAAGAGUCUCCAGAGGAUCAGAGUCCAGCUGGACUAUGACAGGGGGGAGGUGUCCUUCUAUGACCCUGAAGACGAGACUCACAUCUACACUUACAGAGACACUUUCACUGAGAAACUCUUCCCUUAUUUCAGUAUUGAAAAGUCUGGUGAUGCUAAAACCACUGAUAUCAAAAUCUGUCAAACUGAGAUUUCUCUGUGAUGUUCAGGAAUGUUUGUGAGAUGUGAUUUAUGAGGAUUUAAGGAGAUAAUUGGAUCUACAUUCAUAUUUUUGUCACAUUUAAUUAUUUUAAGCUG